AUGGCGUUUACAAAUGAACUUAGACAACUUAAUUGUGACGAGGAGAAGGCCUUUCUGAUGGUUAUUGAAGGUAAGUAGAAGAUAAGGAUUAGUGUUUUUAAAAAUUGUGCGGUAAGCUAAAAAGGCAUACUUUGGUGUCGAUAUACAUUAAAAAUACAAAAUUAAGUACAAAGAUUAAUGAUAAUAGUUUGUGGACUUCUCUUUUCAUGAGCUUUUUGUAGAACGUUACGAUGAAAUUAUACGGCUGAUUGAUGAUGGCAGAGUAAGAGUUAACUGUUUGGAUAAGAGUGGAAUGAACUUGUUAGAUCAGGGUUCACACAAAGGAGAUGUCAAUUUUGUUCAGAAGCUCAUCGAUCGUGGAGCGAACGUUGACAACCGUGCACAGAACGAUGGAUUCACUUGUUUGAUGUUUGCCGCUUUACGGGGUAGGCUAAUUCUUAAUUUAAUUACAUUAAUAUUUAAAAACAGGUAUACUUAAACUUAUAUUAACUUUAGGAAACCCAGAUUUGUGUGAUCUGUUACUAACACAUGGUGCACGUGCUCAUGCUGUGACCAAAAUGAACAAGACUGCCACCGAAAUGGCAGCUCUAGUGAAUAAUCACGAAUGUGUAUCUAUAAUAAACAGUUACAUAAGUCGAGACGACGUCAACUCUAUUCUACAUCCUCAAGGAAAAGAGAGCAGAGAAGUCUUUCCAGAUGAAUUGGUCGAUUUCAUCCAUUUAUUGACCAGACGUCAUCUUAUUCAUCCUAUCUUGAUCUCUAUUGAGUUGUACAACAGACCUGACUGCAUACAGUACCUGAAGAAGAUUAUAUACGUGGUUGACAUGUUAUUCGAGAGACAGUUACGUUCAAAAGAGCCUAAUGAGGUAAGGAAUAACACUGACAAUUUUGUAUCUAAUAUGUAACGGUCAUGCGUUUAGCUAGUUUUAAUAUACAAAUACGUUUUUGAAUAUUAAAAGUGAAACAAUAUUACUCUAGCUUCUAUCAAAAGCUAUUUUAUAGGUACUGUCUAUGAAGCUGUGGUUUGUCUUGGGAGGACUUCGGAAACUAGAUGAAUUUAUAAAGUCGAGGUCAUUGGAAUCAGAUCUCCAAAAGGUAUUGAAAGGCUACAUUAGAGCCUUGUCAGCGUGGAAGACUGUAGAUGGUGUGAUAAGAAGAUGUUUUGUGGAACGGGUAUUGUUCUCCACAUCUCUGGGUUUUCCUUACAAGCAUUCCUUAAUCUUCAAGGCCAUGGGAAGGUCUUUGAAAGAAGUUUCUCCUGGUAGAUUCCCAAACGUAUUCACCGUGAUUUGCAGCGUGCUAUUUGGUCAACGGUUCGUUGUCACUUCUGGGUUUUGCAGUUUGUGUGGGAAGCCGAAAUCUGAUUUUGGGUGUUCCAAGUGUAAGGUUAGUUGUGUAGUAUUGAUUCAGUAAAAUUUGUAACAAUAUAAUAUAUAAAAACAAUACAAAGACAAUAUUAUAGGUAAUUUAUUGUUCUUCAAACUGCCAAAAACUAGAUUGGAAAACGCAUAAAACAGUCUGCGACCAACUCCAAUCUAACCUUGAGUUGAAUGCCUACAAACGACCCACAGAACACGGUGUUCAAUAUAUAUCUGGAGAUGACGUAAAGUCGUCGCAGUAA